AAAUAUCAGUAGCGCCAAUGAUAGUAAGAUAAAAUAAAAAAAAAAAACAUAAAAAAAAAGGACAUAACAGAUACUCAUUUUAGAAAUUUUAUGAGACUUUUAACAAAGCAUUCUGUCUUGUACACAGAAAUGAUUCAUGAAUCUUUUAUAAACCAAAAUCCUCAAAAAGCGAAAAAUUUAUUAUAGUUUGAUCCAAUAUAACAUCCAGUAGUAAUUUAAUUAGGAGGAUGUGACCCUAAUAAAUUACAAGAAGCUGCAUUAAUAUGCUAAGAUAUAGGUUAUGAUGAAAUAAAUUUAAAUGUAGGAUGCCCUUCUGAUCGAGUUUAAUGUGGUAAAUUCGGAGCAUGUUUAAUGAAAGAACCAGAAACAGUUUCAAAAAUAAUGCAAAAAAUGCAAUAAAUAUUAAAAAUACCUUGUACAAUAAAAUGUAGAUUGGGAGUUGAUAAUUUGGAUUAAUAUGAAUUUUUAUAAAAAUUUGUUUAAGAAAUUUCUGAAAAUGGUAAAGUUUAACAUUUUAUUGUUCAUGCAAGAAUAGCAAUAUUAAAGGGUUUAACUCCUUCAUAAAAUAGAAUCGUUCCUUCUUUAAAAUAUGAUUUUGUUUUGUAAUUAAAAUAAGAUUUUCCUCAUAUUGAUUUUAGUAUAAAUGGAGGAUUCAAAACAUUUUAAUAAAUAGAAAAUAUUUUAAAAGAAGAAAAUAAUCUAAUGGGGUGUAUGAUUGGAAGAUUAGCUUAUGAAAAUCCCUAUUUUUUUUCGGAUGUUGAUAGAAGAUUUUAUAAAUAAGAUAAUUUAAACUGGAACAGAAAAGAUAUAUUGUUGAUUUGGGGUUAAUAUGGAAAACAUUAAAUGAAAUUAAAUAAAAAUUUGUCUGUUUUUAUUUUAAAUAGGCCAAUUCUAAGUUUAUUUUAAGGCGAAAAACAUAGUAGUAAAUAUAAACAGUUCAUAAGUGAUAAAAAAAAUUUCGAAAAAUGUUUGGAUUAUGAAAAUUUUAUUCAUGAAGCAAUUUACAUUAUGGAAAUUCAUAAUCCUGAUGUACUUUACAAUAAUUUUAAGCAUUUAUGA